AUGGAAUCGGUAGAGCUCGUGCUGGAGUCAGUUGGAGAUGAUUAUCCAGGUUUAGUACGAGAAGCUCUUGCUGCAAAGGAACCAAACAGCUCAUGUUCAGGCUCAUUGUCUAGCUGUGGUUAUGCUUGGUUAAUAGUUGGUCAAAAUUUCUAUGUGUGGAAGUAUGACGCAGAGGAGGACUAUGUAGGUGCACCGGCAGUACUUAAUUUGCCACCUUCUGGACUUCCUUACAACGCACAAACUGUUUGUGUAUACAAAAGACAAGGUUUUGCGACAUUAGGUAUAAUCGUUGUAACACCAGAAGGUAUUGUCCGGCAUUGGUCUUUACCAGAUCGUCAGUUCAGUGACAGUUCAAUUGAUCUGGGCCGAGAGGUCGCGUUAUCGCUAACAAGAGUAAAUUUGCAGUCAUCAGAAGGAAUAUGGUUUCUUCUGGCAACAACGACAUGCUCAUUGUUCUUAUUGAAUGUCAAUGCGAAUAUUGUCCCCACACCAGGAAAAAGGCAGCGAUUGUCUUCCGAAAUUACUGUAAAAAUAAUUCAUACAAAUGCAAGAAUUGGAAUUGGUGGUAAAUUGGCUUCGGCAAUAUUUGGUGAGGGAAGACAAUCUGGAUCAAGGUUGGUUAAGGCUCUGAUAUAUGAACAGUCAGUUGGUGAUUUUGUGGAUUCACGUUCCAAUACGUCAAGUAGCUCAAAUCUAAUUGCUACAAAAAAUAUGCAUGUUCUUGCGGUGACCGAAAAUCAUCUUCAUUCCUAUUCAGUGAGAGACUGUGCGAAGAUUUGGAGCUGUGAAUUGGCAGAUAUGGCCAGCGAGCGCUUUGCUUUGGGCCUAUGGAAAGUGUACGAUGUUGAGGAGUAUAGUCAUUGGCAUGAGGAAAUUAGAACAUGGAUAGUGGAUGCGGUUAACAUCAGGAAUGGGACAUUGGUCUUAUUUGCAUGCUGCAAUGAAGCUGUUUCCACGCAGAUACACUUUGCUUUUGGUUAUAUAUCGGAAUAUGAUGAUAUACGUUCUCCUGUAGCUUUAGAGUGGUUUUAUAUUUUGAAGGCUCUCUCAAACGAGUGUAAGUCAAACGAAAAAAAUGCUCUGGCAAAUAUCGCACUAAGAUCGCCAGCUAACUCGAAGCAAGUAUUGCACGACAGGGUGGAUGAUAUUUUUGUGGUUACCCAAAAAGCUGUUUAUUAUUUUUGUCUACCAGAUCGAUUGCUCAAAAAAGCUCCAUUUAAGUUGGUGUUAUGUGCUAUGUACAACGCUACUUUCGUCAGUUCUGGUCGUGACGCUCGGUACUGUUAUAUUUUCCUGGAAGAAAGUGGUUUACAACGAGUGAGAUUGCUUCCUAGAGGAUUUGAUGCAAAUUUGUCACAAACUAUAGCUCAAAUGAGUAAGACGGAAGUUCAGCCAGUAAAUUUUUCAAGCGCUACAACUGAUCGUCGUGCACUCGCUUUGGCAUUUUAUCUCUUUUCGAAAGCUGACUUGCAUGAAGCUAGCAAUAUGAUGCAAGAACUUUUGGAAAAUCGUCACGCUGGAAUUGCACAAAUAACUAUAGAUUUUGCAAUGGACUUGGCCGACGACAUCCCAAAUGAUGAGCGUUGGUGUGCUGUUAGCCGUUCAUCUCACUCAAGAGCAGUGACGGACCAAAUAUCCUCCAAAAGUUCGUUUUUAUUAGAAGUGCACUUGGAAGAACAGAAGAAGAGAGUGUUGGCAAUGUUUAUUCUUUUCAUCAAAAGUAUUAGACUCGACGAUAAAUUGAAUCGAACCGUUAAAACUCAUCUUUGUCAGUCUCGUAGCGCUCGUUCUCAAAUUGUUGAAUUAAUUGAAAAGAUUGAUAUUGCAAUUGCACUAUACAAGUGGAGUAAGCAAAAUCCGUCUGCAGUUUUCGACGGAGCACUGAAAAGAGUAUUAUUGAAGCGAAAAGAAAGCAUCGACGGGGAACAAGAGUUGCUCACUCGCUAUGAUUACUUCUUCCGAAAAGUUUCUCGAAUUGAGGAACUCUUCAGUGGACUCAUAGAAGAAGAAGAAGAUAUUAUAGGGAAUAAUAACGAACUGACGGAUUAUAAGUUGAAAUGUAUUGAAUAUGUUGGUACUAUUUUGAUUAUUGGAAAGGAAGUGAUUGAUGAACGUCGCAACGAUCCUGUUCUCGAUAUAGAAAAUGAUUUACGAUGGACGCAGGAAAAAUCUGUAUUGAAGCCCUUCAUAAAACACUUAAACAUAUUAUUCAAUUAUGUUGAUCAAGCUGGCCGUGAUUGUCCGAAAUAUGUAUCGUUGUUGAAACAAGGUAUGCUUAUUGCUGCGUUCAUUAUGAAUGAACAAACACUCGAUGAUCGGCAAAAUUCACCAAUUGUGGCCAAAUUUUUGGAAAUUUCUGAACAUUCGGCUGCUUUAGAAUUAGCCAAACAUUUUCAAGACUACAAAACCGUAAUACGAUUGGCGUGUGCUUUACCAGAUUUGGAAAGGAAAGCUAAAAUCCAAGAAUAUAAGGAGUUCUUCAGUUCUGGCGACUUUUGCAAUAUGUUAUAUGAAUAUUAUCUGGAAAAUGGCUAUAUGAGAGAUCUGCUGGAAAUGAAAGAACCAGAUGCAGAUCUUUUCUUCGCAACACAAACUAAUGUUGGGUGGAUGCGUGAUCUUGAAAAUGGCGAUUUUGCCAAGGCAUGUUACGCUCUUAAAACUCUCUCGCGGAAAUCAAACGAUGAUGUUAUACUGAAAAGGCGUUUGCUUUCUUUUGCAAAGCUUUCUGCCCUUUGCGAUAAUGAAGUGGAUAACAGUUUCCUGGAAGGCAUUAAACGUGACCUCAGUUUAAUUAAGCUUCAACAAAAAAUCAAUCCCAAUUUAGAAAUGAAAUUUGAUUCAUUCAAUCCGGUUACAAAGAUACGAUCAUGUACUGCAGAAGAGAUCAUAAGAGCACAUCUUAGUGAUACGUCAUGUGAUGUUAAUCGAUUUUUUGACGCACUGCUCACAUUAUCGACACUGAUGGACGAAGAGGCAUCAAAUCGAACGGGUGACCUGAUACAUUCUUUACAAACCAAAAUAUGGAUAGCUGCUGUAAGGGCAAAUAGUGACUACUGGAAAAAAAUAACACGAGAUGAUGAUCCGAGGUAUGAAUCUAUUUACAACGAAUUGUUGGAAAGGAUUAUUGCUCAUGCUAAAUUAUCAAACGAGCGAAAGCUAGAAUUAAUACCUAAUACUAAGGAACUGGCUGAAUGUUUGACAGAAUUUGCACACAAUAAAUUGUUCGGUGUUUUACUUCGGACCAGUGAAGAAGCUGCUAGAAGAAGUAUCUCAGAAGCUUCGGGCACUGAGCGUGCUUCACAACUAAAUGUAACUGGCUUGUAG